AUCCUUUUCGGUGUUGCAGGUGAAUUUUUCCGAUAGUUUUUUUUUUGUUUCUGGUUUUUUAGAAACAAAUAUAAUUUAUGGAAAAAAUAUAAAAGUUUCUGCAAUCUAAAAUAUACAUUUUCGUCAAUACAUGAACACAAAUUUCCCAUUUGUCCUCGAUUACUACUACAAAAUCGGAGAAACACUUGGCGACAGCAAUAUUCGUUCAAUUGACUCAACAUAUUGGCGAGCAGAAGCUAAAAAAUCAGAAUAACUUCACCAUCACGAUCUUCAUAACCGAUUCUACGAAUUCAAUUAAUGGCUUCUAAUCCAUAUGUUAAAUCUUUAAUAUGGUUGCUAUCACUAGGCGGUGUUGGUUACGCUCUCCUCAAAAUAACCGAACCAUCUGAAGCAAAGCUACAAGAAAUCCGAAAAUCAACACCUGUAUCAUCUCUCACCGAACAGGAAAAACAAAAGAUCCUCUUUUUGAGAAAACUCAAACAAGCUGCUGAAGAAAAACCCGUCUAUCUUGCAAAGAAAGAUUAAACACAAAAA